UUUAUAGUUCCCGCUGAACUAAAUAUUAAAGAAAUGCCCCUGUCUAUAUCUUGAUUUUCCGGUUCAAUGGGCAAAUAAUAAUGGGUCUUUGAUUGCGUUUCACAUCACUCGUUUGACUUGAGGAUGAUGAUGAUGACGGUGGUGGUGAUGCGGGCUGUGUGUAUUUGGGAUUUUUUUUCUUUUUACUCGUUCGUCGAUCCUUCGUUGUCGUUCGGUCUUACGGGGUCGUAAAUCUCAAAUUUUUGUGGCUUUAGCUUCGACCCUUUUUCUUCUUCUUUUUUCUUUCUUUUUGUAUAGCGAAGAUAGAGAGAGUGCGUGCACAGUUGUUGGUUGGACGAGGGUAUUAUUCUGGAAAUAAGUACAAAAAGAGUGGGAAAGUGCAUCCAGGAAAGUGCUCUGGAUCUGCCGGGAAAUAAAUAAAAAUUAGCGAAAUUAAAUAGAAUUUGGUGGAAAGAUGUUAAUAUAAAAGCUUUUGGCCGUUUUCGUUGCUUCUGCAGCAGUAAGACUCGCGCUUACGGGAUCCAUUCGGCAGCAAGGAGUCAGUUUUGAGUUCUUCCUACGGGAAACCUGCCUGUCCACCCUCAACCUUUCUUGUCGAAAGAUUCUUCUGUACAUAUCUGGUUUUAUCGCUUGUUCGUUGACCCUUUGUUGUUGUUGUUCCGUUUUGCGGAUCAUGAAUCUCAAAUUAUGUGGCUUUAGUUUCGAUCCCUGAUCUUGUUUUUCCAUGAAGAUAGAGAGAGCGCGUGCAUAGUUGUUGUCCGAGCACGAGGGUAUAUCCAUAAAAAAAAAAGUUCAAUAAGGGUCCAUCUGUGUGUACAGAAUCAAGUGGUGUUUGGUAUUGAGGAUUUGGAUUUAGUGUGGUGAGAUUGAAGAAGAAGAAGGUGAAGAAGAGGAAGAAGAAUGGAUGUAACACAGGCUUCAAUGAUGCACCAUGUGUGCAUUGUGCUGUUUGCUCUUUGGUUGCUUUCCAAAUUCGAUCGGUGCACAGCACUCGCCUACUUCGCCUCCUUAAUCUAUCUCUACCUGGUGCACGAGGUUUUCAUCAUGAGGUUGCGAAAGAAAGUCCAGUUUGAGGAAAAGACACAAUCAAACCAGAGAAAGGUUCUUACUGAUUCCGAGACAGUUAGGUGGUUGAACCAUGCCGUGGAGAAGAUAUGGCCUAUCUGCAUGGAGCAAAUUACAUCGCAGAAGAUUCUCCGUCCUAUCAUACCUUGGUUCUUGGAGAAGUACAAACCGUGGACUGCUAAGAAAGCCUUAGUCCAGCAUUUGUACUUGGGAAGGAACCCACCUAUGUUUACAGAAAUGCGGGUACUUCGUCAAAGCUCAGAAGAUGAUCACUUGGUUCUAGAAUUGGGAAUGAAUUUUCUCACUGCAGACGAUAUGAGUGCGAUACUUGCCGUUCAACUGCGGAAAAGGUUGGGCUUUGGAAUGUGGGCAAAGUUGCAUCUGACCAGCAUGCAUGUGGAAGGAAAGGUCUUGGUUGGAAUAAAAUUUAUCCCUAGAUGGCCUUUUCUUGGUCGUUUAAGGGUGUGCUUUGCUGAGCCACCGUACUUCCAAAUGACUGUGAAACCUUUAUUUACGCAUGGUAUUGAUGUGACGGAAAUUCCUGGUAUAGAUGGAUGGCUAGAUAAUCUUUUAUCUGUUGCAUUUGAGGAGACGCUUGUUGAGCCCAAUAUGCUAGUUGUUGAUGUAGAGAAAUUUGCCGGUCCUCCUCCACAAGAGGAUUGGUUCACCAUAGACAUGAAGGAGCCUGUUGCUUAUGCCAAAGUAGAAGUCAUUGAAGCAUCUGAAAUGAAACCAUCGGAUCUGAAUGGCUUGGCUGAUCCAUAUGUGAAAGGGCAGAUGGGACCUUACAGAUUCAAGACCAAGAUACAGAAAAAGACAUUGGCUCCGAAAUGGCUAGAGGAGUUCAGGAUUCCUAUCAUAUCGUGGGAGUCACCUAAUACUUUGAAUUUUGAAGUUCAUGACAAAGACCAUAUUUUUGAUGAUGCCCUCGGAACCUGUUCUAUAAAUAUUAAUGAUCUCAAAGAUGGACAGAGACAUGAUACAUGGGUGCCUCUAGAGAAGAUUACAAUGGGAAGGCUGCAUGUCGCAAUAACUAUCGUAGGCAAUAGAAAGGAUGAUGGACAUCAACCCGACGGUGAACAAUUAACUGAGGAGAGUAAAAGAGACUCUUUGGCAACUGACACAACAAACAAAGACUCCUCAUCUGUGUCAUCGGGGAAAUCUGCAAAAGUGGCUGACAAAUUUGAACCUAUAGAAGUUGAUGGGCAGAAAGAGACUGCAGUAUGGAUUCAACAACCAGGAAGUGAAGUUCCACAAACGUGGGAACCCAGAAAAGGGAAAAGUAGGCGUCUUGAUACUGAGAUUCAAGGGGAGCAAAAUGAUGCCUCCGGCUGCAUUGGUUCAAACACAGAUAUAUCGGUUUCAAAGGGUGAUGAAAUCGUCAAUGAAAAAGUGGAUGAUAAACAAUCAACAAACCCAGUCCGGCGGGGUAUACACAAGAUCGGUUCACUGUUUCAAAGAAAUCCCAAAGUGGAACAUCAGAAUAGCAUGUCUCGAGAAGUUCUUCCGUCUCCACAUGCUAAUCUUAGGUCAAUCAAAUCGAGGAAGAUAGGUGUAAAUUUUGUUGCUGGAGAAGAGGCUAUCGAUACGCCUGCUUCUGCUAGGGCUCCAGGUGAAGGGAUCACAAAUUCUGAUGGGAGCGGCUGUGAAAGUCCGAGUAGAGGACAUCAUAAGAGAAACAAAGCCAAGAACUUUUUAAAGCAAGCAGAGAAAUCAGCUCGCACCAUUAAGCAUGUACUUUCGAGGAAGGGUUCAAAUAAAUUUAAAGGUGAUUCAUCAGCUGCGGUGGCAGGAAAUGGAUCUUCACAAUCUGAUUCCUCCGAUGACGAGUCACUCUCAUCAUCGGUUAACACUUCAAUGGAUGGAACAAUUCGAAUCGAGUCCCAACCAGUAUGUCUUGGUGAUAUCUCAAAUGGGAACAAAAUUUCGGCAGAUACAAGUGAUAAAACAAUGGAUAUCGGGAAUCUUUCAAAGGAUACAAAUGUCCAAGGUUCGGGGAGGGCAGAAGAUGAGACCACGAGCUCAAACGGGUCUAUCGAGCGUAAAUUAGAUGAGGUGGAGCCCAAAGCAGUGAUUUCAGUUCCAAUUCCUGAAGACAAAGUUUUGAGCUUCGAUGAACAAAAAGGAUAAGCUGUUGGAACUUUCCUGCUCCAAUUUAGAACACUGUUUUUGCUUCCUUUUCUUCUCUUUUAUUCUGUAUAUGCACCUCGCAAAAAGGUAGUGACUAGGUUGUGGAUGGCAAAAUUCAGGGGCACUGUUUGAGGUCAAUGUCCUUUCCUCCGUCUCUGUGACGGAGAUUACUGGUGGUCUAUACAGCGUGUCAAUUUGUAAAGGAUUUUGGUUAGAGAAUUCAUUUGAAUAACUAGUGCUUCAAGCGAAUAUUUUAUC